AUGCCAGUGAGAUGGGGUCGAGGAUUCGGUCUGUUGGGUUCCAUCUUUGGAAAGGACAGUGCAAUGAAUCAGUCAAACAGUGUUUUUGGGCUCGUGUUUUAUAUACUACAAAUGCUACUUGGUAUGACAGCAAGUGCAGUAGCAGCUCUAAUCCUCAUGACAUCCUCCAUAGUGUCUGUAGUAGGGUCAUUGUACUUGGCAUACAUUCUGUACUUCGUGCUGAAGGAAUUUUGCAUUGUCUGCGUCAUCACAUAUUUGCUGAACUUCAUUCUCUUUAUCAUCAACUACAAACGACUAGUUUAUUUGAACGAGGCCUGGAAACGGCAACUCCAACCCAAACAGGAAUAACACCUGUUUGAACUUUUGACUGACAGUCUGAAGACCCAACUUCCAUUAAGUUUAUUUUGCAGUAAUUUUUUAUUCUCCAUAUCAGACACUUUCCCUGAGAAUCAUAACUGAAUUUUUAAUUAUAAAUUUGAAGGGGCCCUAUAUAAUUUUUUUUGUGCUAAUCUUCAAUUUAAAUGUGGUUAUGAAAGCUCUAAUACAAUCCAAGACAAGCUUUAACUUUACUUUGAAGGAGUUUUAGCCACAGCAAAACCUAGACUCUCUCUUCCCCCUCCACUUGUGAAGUGGGUAACACUUGGUAUAAAAUAUCCUGUAUAUAAAUUCAGGUAUAACAAGAUGUGAUGACAUUAAAUAUUCUAGACUAGCAUUACCAUAUUUAAUGUUGCCAUGUUUACAGUAUGUGUAUUACUUUUUUUUUAGCUGAUGGACUUAGGUUUGACUAGGACUUAUACUGUAAAUAAAACUAGAAAUAUUGGUUUCAUCCCUGGAGAACUCGCUGUACAAUCAGUUUUGUUAGCCUAGGAGCUGUCAGAGUGUUCAGCUAAUAGUCGACUGACAUGAUGGAAGAAGUGACCUCUAUAGAGAACACCGUGUUGCUGCACUCACUGCUAGUGCUUUCACAAGAAUGAUGGUUGGGUUUUGUUCCAUGGUUGGGUUUUUUUUUUGUCUCCAGUAACAAAAAUGGAAUUAAAGCUGAAACCUGAAGUAUGUUCAUUAAACCACAUCUUCAUUAAUUUCUGUAAAGAAUGAAAAUAGUUCAAUGUGGUCAAUCGAAAGCUGCCACUAGGAUAUUAUAUGCAGAUUGGGGGUUGGUGUAUCAAAGAAUGUUCUUUGAAAGGACUUAAUUUCCAUGCAGAGCUGUUUCAUUUUUAAACUGCGGUCAGACAGCCAGUGUUACUAAUGUUUGAUGUUAUAUGAAUGCUGCAGUAUAGAAUUGCAAUUUGCAGUGGAAACCACUGACUGAGUGGGAUAACCAAGUAGUGCACUGAAGAAGCAGUUACUUAAUUGAUCUUCGUCAGGAUCUUUGGUUUGUGCUAUAUUGGGAAGUGAACUUUAGGCCUGACAUGCAUAAGAUCCCUUGGAAGGGCAACCUGUUUAGCGGGAUAAGUAAGUAAAUAUGCUCCUGAAAAUGAAAUGUGAUGUAGUGCUAUCAUUGCUCUUUCUAAUAACUAAUUGAAAAAAAAAUUAAACCACAGAUUUAAACAAAGGAACAAAUUUGUAAAUGUUGUUUCUGCACUCAGUACUCUAAGGCUGAAUGUUAAAAGUGCCUUCUGUCUUAAAAUCUUAAACCAAAUACUUUGUGUUGAACUUGGCAGGCAGAAGUGUCCUUGCUUUAAAAAUGAACAAACAAACAAAAUUCCCAGCAAACUUGCUGGGGAUUUAAGAGUAUUAAGAGAUCUAUUUUAGUUUUUAGACUGAGAAGUGGUAGCAAUAUUGUUUCAGUUAACUUAAAUCAAUCCGAUAGAACGUUGAUGAUGUUAUUCGGAAAAGUAAAAUACUGGUGUUUCAAACUCUGUGACACCAAGAUAUAUAGGUUCAGCUACUUUCUGUAAUUGGUGCUGUGCUGCUUUUUGCCCUUGUCAGCUUCUAAAUAUGAAGAAUUCCAACUGCAUACCCAUUUAUUUAAAGAAUUAGUUUAACUAAUUUUAGGAUUUUUUUCUUAAACUUGAAUGUCAGAGAGACACUUAUGUUGUAUGGCUAAGUGGAUUAUAAACACUAAGUUGCUGAGGAUAAACUUGACUGUGAAACAUACAGUGUUCCGUAGAGAAAAUAGAAUUUUUAGAUUGAAUUCACAAAAUAGUAUUUAAAUUACUACUGAAGUAAUCUUCUGGUUUGUAUCGAGGAUGUAGGUGGAAACUGCUUUUAUGUAUAGAGUUCUGUGGUAUAAGUAACAUCUGUUGCAUGUAACACUAAAUUACUUGUCCCUCUUGUCUAACAGUUUUAGACAACAAUUCAUUAAAUGAGUUUGGUAUUGACCAGAGUAUAGUUAAAGCUUGUCUUGAUGUUUAGUUCUGUCUCUCAAAUGCCUUGAACUUUGAUAUGAGGGGAGUGAAUGAUGUUAAACUGGUCCCUCAAGGUUUUAUUUUGUUCUUUUACAAGCCUUGAGGCAGUAUUACUGUUUAAUAUGUUGUAUAGAUUUAUUUUGAUGCCUUAGUGUAGAUCACAGGAGUGCAUCUUUUUCAUCCAAGGAAGAGGUGAACACGUGCUGCCUGAAAUGGUUAGUCGCAGUGCUAAUAUCUCAGAACAAGCAGCAAUGGAGACAAGUCUAAUCAGUGAUUACUUGGUCCAAUUUCUGGGUGUAGUACACACCGUAAAAAGGAAAAAGCCCCAUCAGCUGAAAGUAUAGGUGUUGACUAACUUCACUGUGUCUUGUGCUUGUCUGUGUGGGCAUAGUCUGUUAAUUCAGUUUGUUUAGUAAAAUUGUUUAGGGCCAGAUUUUCAGCAGUCGUGUCUGCAGUCCUUGUUUGUGUGCCCAUUGGGAUCAAAUGGAAAUUGAGUUUGGUCUCUGGAAGAAUUUGCAGCUACACUUUGUGCACGAACUUGCAAAUCUGAUCCUUAAUUGUGAACUCUCUUGUCUUGUAUGCUUUUCUUGCAGUUACUUUUUACUGGAAGUGAUUUGCUAGAAAUGGCCGUAACUCUUCUACUUUCUCUCUUGUGCUUCAGAAAUGCAGUUGGCCUGAAUAAAGGGCAAAAUAAUAUUAGCAGUAGAAAUUUGGACCUUUUUGCUUCCAGUUCUUUGACUCUUUCCUCAUUGCUCCCAAUGAUAGAAACAGCGUAUUUCUUCCAGUAAAAUGGCUCAGGUUACAAUUAGUAAUGUGAUGGAAAUUUGACGAGUGCUUCAUGCAACUGCCCCCAACCAAAACAAGUAUCGUGGCAAAUGUGUGCUUGCUAUUAAUUUGAGCCUUAGAAAUCCGAAGGCAAAUUCUGAGAAAUCUUGAGGAUACAAGAGUAGAGUAUGGGUAAAAGCUAGUAAAUAAUACCUGGUCUGGUGAAAUUACCUGUGGACGUCUUGCUGCAAUCAUUCUUAUGCUGCAUUCAUGCAGUCCAAACAUAAGAGCUUGAAUGAACCCAAUCAGAGGCCUUUUUGGUUGUGGUUUCAACACUCAUGAGAACGGAGGGGAAAAAAUUCAUAAUUUACAAACAGUGGUUCUGAAUUUGGGCUCCCCCCCCCACCCCCCACCGCUGCUCUCAGAAGUUCUGCAGGGAGGAGCGGAUUGUAAAGGCAAAAUAACCUCAUCCCAAAACCUGCUUAGGAACUAAACAUUCCUGAAAUCCUCUUACUGUAAGGUACUUGCUACUCUUAAGGCCAACGAAGCAUUCAAGUCUCGUUUAGGAAAUGAACAUUCUUGAAGUUUCUUAUUGUAAAGUGUUUGCAAUGCUAAGGCCAAUGAAACAUUCCCUACCACCUUUAUCUAAAGUGACAAUAAUUCUCUCAUUAUGAGAUUUCUGCAUAUUGUAGUAGGCAUUUGUCUUCUGCUGUACAGAGUCUCUCGAUUGCUCAAAAAGAUUGGUGAGGUGCUUCAGGCUGCACUUGAUGCUCCUAAUUUAUAUGGGCUAAAGUCAGAGAGAUCUAAUAGCUUUGGUUCUGCCAAUGUUGUUUAAAUGUGAUCUAGACAAAACUGGUCCAGAAAAGAUGAAGUAUUCUGUUACCAUAAACUGUAUUAAGCAUGGCCUAAAUAUUAGGUGUUUGUUCUGUAUAGUAUGUUCCAUCAACUAUUUAUUACUAGUGCUUUAAACUCCAAAUUAAACAUCCAUUUAAAUGGAGUCAUUGGGCAGAUGUUCCUUUUAUCAAUAUAGGUUGAGAGAUUCUCUAUUGGAGAUUUAGGAUACAAUUUUGCUAACAGGUAAACCAAUGUAAAUAUGUACGAAUUCUAUUUGUUGCACAUAACUUUUUGGUAUAAAAAAUAAAUGUAGAAAUUACCUGUGGACGUCUUGCUGCAAUCAUUCUUAUGCUGCAUUCAUGCAGUCCAAACAUAAGAGCU